AUGACUGAGGUGAUCCAGGUUCCCUGGAGAAUGACACUGGCCCAGUUUAUGGAGAGGCGUGGUGAGCACGCGGAGGAGGGCACCGGAGCAGGGCACGGGGCCGGGCGAGCCCGGGGGCCGCACGCACACCGCGGUCGCCUCGGCCACGGCAGCGACGCGAGCCCAGAGCGGCCAGAGCCUCCCGUCGCGGCCGCUCGGAGCGGGUACCCCGGACGGACGGACGGACGGCCGCGCGCCGCGGGCUGCCGGGAGCCGUGUGCCGAUCUGCUGCUCCCUGGAGGUGCCCAUCCCCUUGCUGCAAUGUCUAGCCUGCUAACCACGCCUUCUCCGGGAGAAGAACUGAUGACCACCCCAGUUCUGCAGACCACUGAAGCCCUGUCCCCAGAAGCCGAGGCAAGCACAGCACUCAUUGCAGUUGUUAUCACCGUGGUCUUCCUCACCCUGCUCUCAGUCGCGGUCCUGAUCUUCUUUUACCUGUACAAGAACAAAGGCAGCUACGUCACCUACGAACCCGCAGAAGGCGAGCCCGGCGCCGUCCUCCAAAUGGAGAGUGACUCAGCCAAGGGCAGGGACAAGGAGGAAUAUUUCAUCUAACGAGUCCCGGGCCCCAAGGAGCUUUUCCAGGCUCCAGUGCUAACACACUAUUUAUUAGGUGAAAGUUUUGUCUGAAACCAGUGAGGAGCACUGAUUGAUAUGGGCAAACCUGAGCUCCCUCUAGGACACAGGCCCAAAUGCCAACAUCACUGAUGCCAGGGACACAGAGAAAGCUGUCGAUGAUGUCUUUAGCCAGGCCCUUGUGGCGUAGCUGGUUUUGGUGGCUGCCCAACAAGGCGGAGCGACACGAGGCCACGUGAGUACGUUCUCAGUCAUCUCCACUUUUUUCAAGGUCGAAGGGAAGGAGAGUUAGGGUUGCUGGCUGCUCCUCUGUCCCCUUGCCUGGUCAACUAGUGACAGCCUGAGCAGGGAUAAGUGUCUGGAGACGUUCUUCCCAGGUGCUGGAUGCCAUGGUAAAAGGCCACGCGGGGAGGGGCAGGAGACUAUGGAGACCCCACCCCCUGAUGAAUGCGUUCUAUCUCCUAAUCUGAGCCCUUCCUGCCCAUAUUCCCCAACAACCUUAUACUGAUGUUAUUUUUAUCACAAUUAAAAAUGUUCAUUGAUCGGAAAUCUAA